UGACUUUAGAAUAAUGCGUGUCUUCUUAGCGCGUGAUCGUGAUUUGUAACUCCGUAUAAAUAUUCUUGUUUUAUCGAAAUUUUGACAUAAAGUAUAUUUUAAAAGAUGAGUGAAAAUGUGCAAGGAACGUUUAUUUCUCAAAAGAUAUCAAAGAUAAGAUGGAAACGGGAAGAAUUUGCAGAAAUGAAAAGUUUUUUAACCGGCAGUUGGGAUGAUCCGGUAAACAAAAUAACGCAUUGGUCUCUUACAACAAAUGAUGAUGAUGAAACGUAUCCAGUUGUUGUAUCUGAAUAUUCAUUCCUUGGUGAUGUCACAGAAAUAAAGUUCAUAAACAGUAGCUUUUUUGUUGCAUCAUCGUCUUUGGGCUCGAUCAGACUAUUACAAAUUCAAGAGAACCCGGUUCCUCAAUUUAAAGAACACAUGGCAUGGGAAUUUAUACAUAGUUUUAAAACAUUAGAUUACGCUCCAUGUACUGCACUUUCUAACUUCGAACAAGAUAUAGUUUCUGUGGGGGAAGAUGGUAAAAUAAACCUUCUAACAACAACGCAAAAGAAACCGGUUAGAGUAAUUGAGAAUGCAGAUAGUUGUUCAAUUUAUUGCGUUGACUUUUUACGACAUAGUGAAAUACUGACAGGUAAUUUGCGAGGACACAUGAAAGUUUGGGACUUAAGAAACGAUCAAGAUAUACCGGCAACUACCUUUAUGCUUUCGGAUGAGACUAAAACCGAAGCUAUGAGUAUUGCACAUCAUCCCACGCAGAGGCAUAUAAUAGUUGCAGGUGGUGGCGAUGGUAGUUUAACUGUAUGGGAUUUAAGACAUCAUACUUAUCCCAUAUCACAGCUUAAUGCUCAUGCAAGAGCAGUGAGCGAAAUAAUGUUUCAUCCAGAUAGACCAGAAAAUUUAUUUACAUGUUCGACCAGUGGUGAAUUAUGGCAUUGGAACAAUUCGCAGCAAUCCAAACUUAGAUUAGAUUCAACGGAUACUCAUUGGUUGAAUACAAUAGGAACAAAUAGUAAUAUCAAUGUUACAUCGCUCUGUUGCGUCAUGCAUAAACCAAUAAACAGUAUUGAUAUUGAUAAAUCCAGUUUAUUAUUUGGAUGUGAUAACGAAGCUAUGUAUAUUGUUAAAAAUGUAGCUAUAUAACAAUUUAAUAGAAUAAAUAUUCAUUUUUAUACUG